CAAACGUUGCAUUUUCUAAACAUCAAAUACAAAUUAUCUCAUCAAAACGAGCUUAUUUCUUUCUGCUGCUUCUUCAUCUUUCUCCUUCCUCCCUCGAUGGCUUCAAUUGCAGAUUCAGAUGAAAACCCUAAUCAACAAGAAGAAUCAAUAAUUCCAGUUUUGACAGUUUUCAAGAACAAAUCAAUCAUCAAGAACAUUUGCAUCGUUCUCAACAACAGCGACGGCGAUCACAUCAUUCUCAUCGGUCGUCACCCUACCUGCAACAUUGUUCUCACUCACCCUAGCAUCAGCCGCUUCCACCUUCAGAUUCGAUUCACUCCCUCUUCUCGAUCCAUUUCCCUUCUAGACGUAUCUUCCGUGCACGGAACGUGGGUGAGUGGUAGAAAGCUCGAGCGUGGUGUGAGCGUUGAAUUGAAGGGAGGUGAUAGCUUUCGACUUGGGGUUUCCAGUAGGAUUUACCUUCUUCGCUUUGUCUCCCAAUUCGAUGCAAAUGCAUUGAAGAACAUUGGUUCUUUAUAUUGUGAUGAUGAUGAAAUUAAAAGCCAAUUUAACGAAGAAACAUUUGAUGAUGAGAAUGACUCUUUUGGGACUGAAACAUCAUGUUGUGAAAAUGAACUGGGUGAAUCUCAAAUCUGUUAUCUAUCUCCACCUUAUGUACAAUCGGUGGAUGAAGCACAAAGAACACCAAUAGUAGAAGCUUGUCCCGAAGUAGAGGUGAUGGGAGAGACUAAUUUGCUUUGCACAUUGAAGGAAUGUUUUAAACACACCUUAUGUAAACCAGUUAUGGGAGCAGACAAAUUGCACCAACAAUCUUCUGCAGCAAAGAAGUGGAUUGAUCCUGAAGCAUCCCUUAAUGAAAAAGGUGGCGCUGCAGUGGAUGAGAUACCUAAGGAAUCUGAUUUUGAUGGUGCAUUCAAAGAUAGUGACAAGAUUGAAGAUAUUUUAACUACAGUAGCAAAUGUCUUCAAUUCUGAGGUCAUGCCUGAUUCUGAAUCUCACCAAACCAAUACUGAUGAGGAGGCUUCUGGGGAAUCACUCUCUGAUGGGGAAGGGUGCUCUCUGGAUGAAAUAGUUAAAAAUAUGGACCCUUCAUCAUCUAAUGAAAAUGGUCUGGCUGCUGUGAACGUAAAACCUAGAGAGCACAAAUUAGAAUUCUUCUUUGAAGAAAAUGCCAGGCUUGACAAUAUUUUAACUAGUGUAGCAAGUCUUUUCAUGUCUGAAAACAAGUCUUCACGAGUUGAGGAAGCAAAUCCUGUAGCUAAUUUUCAACAAAACAAGAUUGUUGAAGAAGUUAAUGUUGAUUCGCUAUCUGAUGGAGAAGAGGAAAAUAAAUGUGACAAAGAGUUGCAGGCAUACCAGAAUUUUAAACCUAAUGAUGAAGGUAAGUCACUGGAUGAAACAGUUGAAGAUACCAUGAAAUCCUUUCAAACAGAGUCAUUUAAUCCUUCAGUAGCUCAGGAGGCUGAUUUAGAUAUUACCGACAAGGAGAAUGGAACCCCGCAAUCUCUCGUUGCUGUGGCUGGAUGCUUUGAUUUGGACUAUGAAAGCUGUGUAGAAGACUCAGCAGAGAGAAGUUCAACCUUUACUUGUGAUAAGGCUGUGACUGAGCCUCAGAGUCAAACCAGGAAGAGUAGAUUAUUGAACACACCUAUUGUUGACACUAAAUUUGUAAUGAGUAACUUGAAGGAUAUCAGUGUCAUACGGAAACCUAUGCAAAAGGAUCUUUUCUCUGUCUCGGAUGAAGAAGAAAUGUUCACUCCAAGUAAGGAAAACCUAGAAGAUAGUAAAAAUUCCAAGUCACAGACGUCAAAGAAUUUGUUGAAGGCUAGUUUUAGUCACAACUUCUAUUCCGCGGAACGAAGUACAAGUUCCUUUUCAAACAAAGAAAACCUGACUCCAAUAGAAUCCCAACAAUGGCAGUCUGAGAGAAAGCCUCUUGAGUGUCAUGAUAGUGCGGGGUUAAGAAAAAAGAGAGUGGAGCGGACACCCUUACAGUCGUUAAUGAAUUCUGGAGACAAUCACAAUUCGGCAAACUCCAGUCCUUUUUAUAGUCCUUUUGCUGCAAAAGAGAACCUGACUCCAAGGGGAGCCCAACUAUGGCAGUCAGAGAGAAAGCCUCUGGAGUGUCAUAAUACUGCAGGGUUAAGAAGAAAGAGAGUGGAGCGAACACCCUUACAGUUGCUAAUGAAUUCUGGAGAUAAUCACAAUUCGGCAAACUCCAGUCCUUUUUAUAGUCCUUUUGCUGAAAAAGAGAACUUGACUCCAAGGGGAGCCCAACAAUGGCAGUCAGAGAGAAAGCCUCUGGAGUGUCAUACUGCAGAGUUAAGAAAAAAGAGAGUGGAGCGAACACCCUUAAAGUCAUUAAUGAGUUCUGGAGGCAAUCACAAUUCGGCAAACUCAAGUCCUUUUUCUGCUGCAAAAGAGACACUAAUGAGUUCUGGAGGCAAUCACAAUUCGGCAAACUCAAGUCUGUUUUCUGCUGCAAAAGAGACACUAAUGAGUUCUGGAGGCUAUCACAAUUCGGAAAACACAAGUCCUUUUUCUGCUGCAGAAGAGACACUAACGAGUUCUGGAGGUAAUCACAUUUUGGCAAACUCAAGUCCUUUUUCUGCUGCAAAAGAGACACUAAUGAGUUCUGGAGGCAAUCCCAAUUCGGCAAACUCAAGUCCUUUUUAUAGUCCUUUUUCUGCUGCAAAAGCGAUACCCUUGCAGUCACUAGGGAGUUCUGGAGGCAAUUGCAAUUUGGCAAACUCAAGUCCUUUUAAUAAUCCAUUUUCUGCUGCAAAAUCCAUUCUUGGCGUCACUGCUAGAACCAGUAAUUCGAGACAUAUUUCAGACAAGCACACUGAACCUUCUCCUAUUAGUGAAGAACGAAAGAGAAGCUGGGAUAUGGUUGUAGACACUGCUUCUCUUCUGAAUGAGGAGUCAAGAAAGGCUCUGCAGCUUCUACAGGGUCUCAAGGGGACUCGCUUAAUGAUCCCAGAAUCAGUCAUAACAGAAUUGGGCAGCAUGAAGCAACGGAUUGGAGUUUUUAGAAGGAUUCCAGAGGAGGCUACUUUGGCCUUGGAAUGGAUUGAAGAAUGCAUAGGAAAGACAAAGUGGUGGAUUCAUAUUCUUGACUGUGCUUUUCCUAUUGUUGAAGAUCAGAUCCUUGACUGUGCUCUUCAAUAUAGAAGAAAAGAUAAUGCUGGACAACUUGUCCUUCUUAGUGAUGAUAUCAACUUGAAAAUCAAAUCCAUGGUGAAGGGAUUGCUAUGUGAGACAGUGGAGCAAUUUCGUCGAAGUUUAGUGAACCCUUUCUCUGAGAGGUUUAUGUGGCCUAACAGCUCUCCUAGAGGACUGACUUGGUCUUGCCAAGAUGAUGUGAUUUUAAGGGAGAAAUAUUGCUGUUUCCCAUUAAAGGCUGGUUUGAAGCUCUUUGUCAUUUAAAAGUUUGUUUACUAGCAAGUAACGUCUUGGUUUGAAGCUCUUUGUCAUUUAAAAGUUUGUUUACUAGCAAGUAACGUCUUAGUUUUCAUUUUUUUAGUUACUAUCAAAACUUGAAUCUUUCAAGUUACAAUUGACUGCUCACUAAUUUGCUGGUUUCCUUGCCACUUAAAAAUUUGCUUACUAGCAAAUAAUGUCUUAAUUUUCAUGAGUUACUCUCAAACUUGAAUCUUUCAAGUUACAAACUUCAAUGUUUUAUUUUUUAUGUUCAAUGAAAAUGAUGUGUUGUUACA